CUCUCUCUCUCUCUCUCUCCAUGAAAGUGAGUGUCGCCCACACACCCUCAUCAAUACAUAAAAUAUUCGUUGAAAAAUACAAUAUUGAUGUUUCCUAUUAAAUGCCCUGAAAGAAACAAGAUCCAAAACUCCACCGAUCUUUCAUGACAUUUCUCCCAAACCCCACCACCCAAGAAGCGCGCGCACACAGACAGACACCAACACAUGGCCUUCCCACCACCAUCGGCAUCCUCAGCUGCUAGUUUCAUGUUCCAAGCCCACCACCAUCGCCACCAAGAGGAUCCGCUCCCUUCGAUCAUCCCGCUGAACCACAGCAACGGCGACGUUGUCAACAAUGUGCCUUUCUUGAUGAAGAGGUCCAUGUCCUUCUCAGGGGCCGACCACAACCAGAGAUCGUGCGGGGGCGGCGACGACGACGACCUGUCGGAUGAUGGGUCGCAGCUUCUUCUGGGGGAGAGGAAGAAGAGGCUGAGCUUGGAGCAAGUGAAGGCGCUCGAGAAGAGCUUCGAGAUCGGGAACAAGCUCGAGCCCGAGAGGAAGAUCCAGCUCGCGAGGGCGCUCGGCCUCCAGCCGAGGCAGAUCGCCAUCUGGUUCCAGAACCGGCGGGCUCGCUGGAAGACCAAGCAGCUGGAGAGGGACUACGAGGUGUUGAAGAAGCAGUUCGAGGUCCUGAAGGCUGAAAAUGAUGCUCUUCAUGCCCAGAAUGAGAAGCUUCACGCCGAGCUAUUGGUUCUCAAAGGAAGGGACACAAAUGAAGCACCCAGCAACCUCAAGAAGGAAAUUGAGAGGUCAUAUUGGAGCAAUGGGAGCGAGAACAGUUCCGAUAUCAACUUAGAUAUUUCGAGAACAUCAGUUAUGAACAGCCCUGUAUCAUCUUCACAGUUCACCAACAAGCACCACUUCACCUCAUCGAGGCCCUCGGUCAUGGCUCAACAACUCCAUGGCUCAACCAGAUCAGAUCUGCAAUGCUUUAAGAUUGACCACCAAAAUAUUCAAGAGGAAAGCUUCUGUAACAUGUUCAACAAUGGGAUGGAAGACCAGCAUGGCUUUUGGCCAUGGGCUGAGCAGCAACAUUUCAAUUGACCAAUGCACAUUUUAAGCAAAAGGGUAAGGGAAAAAAAGAAACAAAACCAGUCCCAUUGUGCAGAUAUUAUUUUCGAUUCUGCUUGAGAAGAUCCUUAAGAAGAUUAAUGCAUCUGAUGUUUCCUGCUAA